UCGGUGCGGAUCGGUCGCGCCGCGUCGUACGACAACGUCGGUAGCACGCGGUUUCUAGCACGCGUCAACUUCGAACGUGCGCGCCAACUGUUCAAAUAUGGAAUAAUGUUUUUUUAAAGAAAAACGAAUGAAAAAAGUUUCACACAUUUUAUGACUUUACCAAACAGCCAGUAACAGUAAAUAAAAUAAAAAAAAAAUAUUCUUUUUGGUUUGGAAUUGGUGGAUGUAACAGUGAUUUAUCAAGUGUCCCGCGUAGCUUGGAUCUUCAACAAAACGAAGUCGAGAUUCUGUUAAGAAAAUGUGUGGAGUGACGUGAUGACCGGAGGAUGAAGCUGUUAUUACAAGAAGCAAAAAGACUUCAUUCAUUCAACUGAUUUUUCAAUAGUGUUAUUUGUGCUAUGACUCAGUGCUCAGACGUUUUUUGUAUAUAAGUGAUUUUUGUGCGUUUACAAUCAACAUGUUCCGAACAACGCUUCUGAGUUACUCCCUCUUCAUAUUACUCGCAGUAUGGCUCAGACACACGAAUGUUUAUGCGCAGCUGAUGAACACAGAAGUUGGACGACCGAUACGUCGACAAUCAGCAGUUGGAGCAAACGCGACAGUGUACGCGUGGAGUGCAUGGGGCACGUGGAGUUCUUGCUCCAGGACCUGCGGCGGUGGAGUAGCCGUGCAAGAGAGGAAAUGUCUGCCUAGAGAUCCUACGAGAAGGCGACGCAGUAGAAAAAGAAGGAAGCUGGUCAGAAGUGCCGAGAGAAUCCGUCAAACUCGAAUGGUGCCUGCAGGCGAGCCGGACUGUCCGGGACUCGGACGACGAUACCACGAGUGUAAUACUGCGCCAUGUCCCGGGCCGCCACACGACCCUCGCGAGGAGCAGUGCGCCGUGUAUGACCGGAGACCGUUCCGGGGACGAUUCUACACCUGGGUGCCCUACGUCGAUGGUAACGCCCCAUGCACACUAAACUGUCGGCCGCGAGGACAACAGUUCUAUGCAUCCUUAGCGCUGGUGGCAGACGGCACGCCCUGCACCAAGCCCGGGUUCCGAGCCAUCUGUGUCCAAGGCAACUGUAUGGCAGUGGGACGUGAGGGAGUGUUGGCAUCAUCAGCGCUGCGAGAGGUGCGAUGCGGGCGGCGGCUGGUGUCGGGGCUGUUCUCGCGGCCGCGGCUGCCGCUCGGGUACUCGUACGUCACCACGGUGCCGCGCGGAGCCUGCCGCCUCAACAUCACCGAGAUCAUGCCCAGCGAGAACUACAUCGCGUUGAAAGUGACGAAUGGCUCUUACAUUAUAAAUGGCGAAUUUGCUGUCAGCGCUCCUGGAACAUAUGAGGCGGCAGGUGCAAGAUUUAUGUAUUCCCGCCCGGCUGGACUCGACACUGUGCUGGCGCUAGGGCCCAUACAUCACCCAAUCGAUAUAAUGGUGCUCUACACACAACCGAAUCCAAGCAUAAAAUACGAGUACUUAACAGAUUCCGAAACCGACGAAACUAGUAACGAUAUUCCGAUGUCUAACAACAUUCCUCAACAUCAUGCAGGGACAAGGCAUCAUCGUCAUCACAAUGCUAACCACACAAGAGCACUCGAUCACCCAAAGUCUGACACAACUCUACCGUUCUUCACUUUCCAUGAUUCUACGUUACCAAAGCAGCAGCCACAUACUAAUACUUUAGAAAGUCAAUCUCAAGUAGAAACGAAUGCUAUAGGAAACAGAAAAUUUACCUGGAAGAUAUUAUCUUUCACUCAAUGUUCGAGGACAUGUGGUGGUGGUUUGCAAGUGGGGAAAUUCAAAUGUGUGGAAGUAACGGGUGGUGAAGAUAAGGAAAUAUCACCGGCGCAUUGUGAAGGUUCCCCGCCACCGUCACGGCGGCGUCGCUGUGGGGGGGCUCCAUGUCCUCCGAGGUGGAGGGCAGCAGCUUGGGGCCCCUGUCCUGUAUGUGGUCCCGCCCAUCGCACUCGAAUAGUGGGAUGUGUACAGGACCAUGCCCGCGGUAUUACUAAGAUAAGUGACCAAAAAUGUCCCCUACCGAUGCCCCCAAGCAACGAACCCUGCGAUAUUCCCAACUGCGACGGCACUCCAUUGACUACAGUCUCACCGCGGCUAGACGCUAGACGUCAAGUGAGGCCUAACGACCGCAUCGACUCCUUCCGCGAAGGGCCCGUCAUUUCUCUUGCUAACAAUUCUACAGAGAAUGAAAUCAGCCCUACUCUUGGACCUUCUUACAGCUUUAGUGCCGCUGGUGGAUGGCUGCAUACGGAAUGGUCUGAGUGUGUAGGCUGGUGCGUGGGCGGCGGAGUUCAAACCCGUGGUGUCAGAUGUGCUGAUCCAUCUGGAUGUGCUUCCCACCGGGCUCCUAUUGCCUCCCAGUCCUGUUCUUUGAGGAAGCAAUGCGACGCUCAAUGGUUUACAAGUGAUUGGUCACCCUGCACCGCAGCAUGCGGAGGCCGUCAGAUCCGCGGAGUGAUAUGUAUAGCAGCGAACGGCAGGAGACUUAGGGACGCAUCAUGCCGACCUCCCAAACCUGAGACUGAGAGAGCUUGUGGGGGCAAAUGUUCUCCUUCGUGGUACCUUAGCGAUUGGGGAGAGUGCCAAGGGCCAUGCGAAGCAGGCAUCCAGACCCGCACCGUAUGGUGCGCAAGAGGUGGCGUUGAAGGGGCGACGGGAGCGGCGCGGGACAAUGAAUGUCCUGGCCUGCGACCCCUAGCCAGACGCUCGUGCGUGCCACCUCGGUGCUCCAGCAGACCAGUCAUGAAACCUGCGGUCAUCAACACUACACCUGUUGAUCCUCAACAGCGAGUAACAAGACACCAAAGCCACAACAACCAGAAUGUCCGAGAUAGACCUGUGUCUGAUGGUGAAUGCAUUGACAAGCUGAGUAACUGUGCACUGGCUGUGCAAGCUCGACUAUGCCACUAUCCGUACUAUGCGGAUUAUUGCUGCAGAUCUUGCCACGGACGAUAGACCAAGACGGUAAAGACGGAAACAUCAACAGAAGACCACUACGGCGUUACAAGUAUUGUGAAACGGAAUGGACGCAUAGUGAGAAUAUUGUAAUCUAACUAAUGAGACGAUCAGAGGCACAUUGGACCACGCGCUUUUAACGCCUUUAGGCACCGGUACUAUACCAUCAAGAAGACGUACUAAAUAACUGACAGUAUCAUUUAACGUACUUUACCAACAGUUUUAGAUUCUUUAUUAAAUUUACAUUUGCUGUUCUAAUGAUCAAGUUGAAGUGUUUUGUCAAACGAGAUUAGUACAUACAAGUUGACUAAGAGUGCGCGUGCGUCUAUGUCGUAUAAAAUGAACUGUAGAUUCGUGAUUCUGUAAGUAUUAGAAUAGUUUCGUGAUCUCCAGUGUUUAGUCGAGUUUCGGAGUCAAUCUGUGGACAUGUUCAUCAUCUAGAUGUAAAUUGGAAAUAAUGUUUGUUUACAUAAUAUUGAUGCACGUUAUAUUAUUAAAGCACCUCAUCGCGGAAUUGAACAUUGUAACUUGCCUCUUAACAAGAAGUAUGUCACCGAAUGUCUCUGCAUUUAAUAUAAGUAGUGAUUCAUUGUAUAAAAUUCAUAAAAGUUUAACCACGUUGAAGUAGCAAAUCAUUUUUGAAAGUUCUACCUACGUAUUGUAAAUCUUAGACUAUACUAUUAGAUGUAAGAAAAGAUAGUAUUCCUUCAUUAAUGUUAAUCAAAGAACAAUCAGAAUUGUUACUUGGUAGAUUUUAAAAGAAAUUUUAACUGUGUUCAUUAUAAUUUAUUUAUUCUCCUGACUAUGUCAUCAAAGAUUUUGAUCUAAAGUUCAUAGUCAAUUUUGUAAAUAUACCUAUCUACAUUAUGUUUAGUGCAUUUACUUACUGGCUGUUAAGUAUUUAUGUAAUUGUUUAGUCAAUUCGUACCAUCAGAGUAAUGUAAUUAUGUAUGUAUCGAUGCUUUAUGCAGUUCACUUCGUAAGUUCUAUCUGUACUAAUGACGCAUUAUAACAAUGUACAAAAAUAAUAAGCUUUAAACACUU